AUGAUAAUAAUACUAUGGGACGACAUACGGCAUCGCUGGGAAGACCCUAUUGACAUCAGCGUUAGCUUUUUGUGCCUCUCGAUAAAAACGAGAAAUCGUGACCGCAGCCCCGGCACCUGCUACCGAGGCGAAUCGAACGAGCGAAGUGCCUACUGGGGGCCAAAGGCAAAAACUGCAGCCACUUGCCGCGGGACCCCGGAACGUGACCCGCACCUGUGCCGUCCACGGAAAUGUCGCCGG